GUUGCCUUCCCCACUUCAGGCGUUGGCCAAGGCUAGUGACCCACACAUCGCCCCGCAAACACAUUCAGACCCACCGACGCUCUGUUCGAGAGAUGUGUCUGAGGCCCUAGAAGAGUUAGAGACUGAGUGGUCAAGGAAGGACCCCAAGGACUCUUGGGCGAUGAUCAGUAGAGGUCCAAAAGGUAAACAUUUCGUGGUAGAAGUAGAUGUAGGUGGCCGCAAGGUUGGCGCCUUCGCAGACAUAGGCUCUACACGAAAUUUCAUUAGUCGUGCUUGUGUGGAUAAACUGCGCUUAGGGGACCAAGUGCAGCGGCUUAGCAGAACUGUAGCUUCUACGCUAGCCAACAAGCACAAAAUGGUUGUAAAGGACUAUGUCAAGGACGUAGCCUGCACCUUCUCCUAUGGAGGAGGGGAAGUGAUCCACAAGAUCUCUUUCUUGGUGAGCGACGAACUGCCAUUCGAUAUGCUACUGGGCAUGUACUACCUCGAAGUCUCGCAACCUCAGUUUAACUGGGAUAGGAAGGUGUUGAUCCACAAAUUGCCCAAUGGUAGAACUGUUAGAUUGCAAAAGUAUAAAGCUAGCAGUCUAAUAGAGAACUAUGGGUGUAUGUGCGCUUCAUCCUUCUAUAACUACUAUAAGCAGAAUCGAGAGGAGGACAUGUAUCUAGUCUUUGUCUCCGAGAAAGGGGAGGCCGUUAAAACACCCCCGGAGAUAGAAAGAAUCGUCGCACAAUAUUCAGACCUUUUUGAGGAGCCCACAGGCGUGGUGGAAAGGGAGGUUGUACAUGCGAUAGAGAUUGUCCCAGGUAGUAAGGUGCCUAGAGGACGAAUCUAUAGGAUGUCUCCCGCGGAGUUAGAUGAGCUUCGCCGCCAGCUCAAGGAGCUCACAGAGAAGGGAUGGAUACGGCCUAGUACCUCCCCUUACGGUGCGCCAGUGUUAUUUGUCCCAAAGAAGGGAGGUCCAUUAAGGAUGUGCAUUGACUAUAGGGGCCUCAAUGCCAUCACCGUUAAGAACGCGGAGCCCCUACCCCGCAUUGACGACCUCUUGGAUAGAGUGCAGAGAUGUCGAUACUUCACAAAGAUAGAUCUGAAGUCCGGAUACCAUCAAAUUAUCGUUAGGCCUGAGGACCAACACAAAACCAUAUUUCAGACCAGGUACGGUUUGUACGAGUUUGUGGUGAUGCCUUUUGGCCUAUGCAAUUCGCCUGGUACGUUCCAGCACGCGAUGAACCGGAUAUUUCAUGAGUACUUGGACAAGUUUAUCGUCAUGUACCUCGACGAUAUUCUUAUCUUUAGUAGGACUGUAGAGGAGCACGCUUAGCACUUGAAAAUAGUAUUAGGUCUCCUCAGACAGCACCAGUACAAGGUAAACUUUGAUAAAUGCGAGUUUGGUCG